UGACAGCAUCGCUCCGUGUACGAGUGAUCUGCAUGGAAUCUGCGCUAACCAGAUGCUCCUGGCAGUGUGGCAGUGUUGGUGGAGGCUGGCGAAGGACAACAAUCUGAGCCCUGGGUCCCUGCUGCAGGAGAACAUGAGAACCUGAUUUUCUCAAAUGCUGAGAAGGGGCGUGUCGACUGUGCUCACCUCAUGAAUAUGGAGCAGCAGGGACUCGGACACUCCCCUCCAUGUUGAACUUGUGUCGCCAGCUCCAGCUCCGACCAGCACUCAGUCAGUUAGUCAGUCAGUCAGCCAGUCAACACAGGGUACGGCUGCCGCAUGGCUACUGUGUAAACUUCCCUCAGCAACAAGUGGAAAGUGGGCUAAAGAAAGGGCGCGGAGAGGCCGAGGGACAACACUGGGACGAGGUCUCCUAUGAGUCGUGAACCUGUGCUUCGCUGACCAAAGUGUUGUUUCCCGCUCGUGCAUGUUUAAUGCAGAGGAGCAGAGCUAUGGUGCCGUGUGUCGGCCAGACUACUAGUACAAACGAGUGGCGACAGCAGUCCGCAGCCAUGAUUUGGAGACGGGGCUCGGUCAUCGCUGCCCUUUUACUCUGCUUUCUUGCCAAGGUGUCAGAGGGAUCCGGACAAUUCGAACUGCAAAUCCUAUCGAUGCACAAUGUGAACGGGGAGCUGCUGAACGGCAUGUGUUGCGACGGCACACGGAACACGGCGGAUAGAAAAUGCACACGGGACGAGUGCGAUACCUUUUUUAAAGUUUGCCUGAAGGAAUACCAGUCAAGAGUUUCUGCUGCAGGGCCCUGCAGCUUCGGAAUGGGAUCUACGCCUGUCCUCGGAGGGAAUACCUUUUCUUUCAGGAGCUCUGUCAGGAAUGAUAAAUCCAGGAUUGUUUUGCCCUUCAGUUUUGCCUGGCCGAGAUCCUACACUUUGAUAGUAGAGGCCUUGGACCUAAACAAUGAAACCAGUGGUGCCGAUGGAAGAGUGAUAGAGAAAGCUUCCCAUUCCGGCAUGAUAAACCCCAGCCCACAUUGGCAAAAGCUGACUCACAACGGCCCUGUGGCCCAGUUUGAGUACCAGAUCCGAGUCAGCUGUGAUGAGCACUACUAUGGAUUUGGCUGCAACAAGUUUUGUCGGCCACGUGACGAGUUCUUUGGACAUUACACAUGUGACUUCAAUGGAAACAAGACAUGUCUGGAAGGUUGGUCGGGGCCUGACUGCAACACAGCUAUAUGCCGACAAGGUUGCAGCACUGAACAUGGAUCCUGUAAGGAACCAGGUGGAUGCAAGUGCCUCUAUGGCUGGCAGGGCCAGUACUGUGACAAAUGCAUCCCUCAUCCAGGAUGUGUGCACGGCACAUGUGUGGAGCCCUGGCAGUGUCUAUGUGACACCAACUGGGGCGGCCACCUUUGUGACAAAGAUCUGAACUACUGUGGCACUCACCAGCCCUGCUUGAAUGGAGGGACAUGUAUCAACACAGGACCUGACAAGUACCAGUGUACAUGUGCGGAUGGUUAUUCUGGUGCCAACUGUGAGAGGGCCGAUCAUGCCUGCCUGUCCAACCCCUGCUCUAAUGGAGGGAGCUGUUCAGAAACCAGUCAAGGCUACGACUGUCUGUGUUUGCCCGGCUGGAGUGGCCCCUCCUGCACUAUAAAUGUUGACGACUGCUCUCCAAACCCCUGUAACCAUGGAGGUACCUGCCAGGACCUGGUCAAUAGUUACAAAUGUCACUGUCCCUCACAGUGGACGGGGAAAACGUGUUUGAUAGAUGCCAAUGAAUGUGAUAGCAAGCCUUGUGUCAAUGCAAACUCGUGCCGCAACCUGAUUGGUGGAUACUUCUGCGAGUGUGUCCCUGGUUGGAUGGGGCAAAACUGCGACAUCAAUAUAAACGACUGCAAGGACCAGUGCCAAAAUGGAGGAACUUGUAAGGACUUGGUAAAUGGUUAUCGUUGCUUAUGCCCCCCUGGUUUCACUGGUGAGCACUGUGAGAGAGACAUUGAUGAGUGCUCCACCUCGCCAUGUCUGAACGGCGGCCGCUGUCAGGAUGAAGUAAAUGGCUUCCAGUGCCUGUGUCUGGCUGGCUUCUCAGGAAAUCUCUGCCAGCUGGAUAUCGAUUACUGCUUGCCUAACCCGUGUCAGAAUGGAGCAGCCUGCUUCAACCUGGCCACAGACUACUACUGUGCAUGUCCAGAGGAUUACGAGGGGAAAAACUGCUCCCACCUCAAGGACCACUGCCGCACCACGACGUGUAAAGUGAUCGACAGCUGCACGGUAGCUGUGGCAUCCAACAGCACACCAGGAGGAGAGCGUUACAUUUCCUCAAAUGUGUGUGGACCUCACGGCCAGUGCCGAAGCCAGGCUGGGGGCCAGUUCAGCUGUGAAUGUCAGGAGGGCUUCAGGGGCACCUACUGUCACGAGAAUAUAAAUGACUGUGAGAGUAAUCCAUGUCGAAAUGGAGGUACCUGCAUUGACAAAGUCAGCGUGUAUCAGUGCAUAUGCGGCGAUGGCUGGGAAGGUGACCACUGUGAAAUCAACAUAGAUGACUGCAGCACCAACCCCUGUCAUAAUGGAGGGACAUGUCGAGACCUGGUGACUGACUUUUUUUGCGAGUGUAAAAAUGGCUGGAAGGGAAAGACAUGCCACUCCCGCGAAAGCCAAUGUGAUGAAGCCACGUGCAACAAUGGUGGCACCUGCCAUGACGAGGGCAAUGCGUUCCAAUGCAAGUGUUCGCCAGGAUGGGAGGGGACGACCUGCAACAUAGCCAAAAACUCAAGUUGUCUUCCCAACCCAUGUGAGAAUGGAGGCACAUGUGUGGUAACUGGGGAGUCAUUCACCUGCGUCUGCAAAGAAGGCUGGGAGGGUCCCACGUGCACACAGAACACAAAUGACUGCAGUCCCCACCCAUGCUACAACAGUGGGACCUGUGUGGACGGUGAUAACUGGUACCGUUGCGAGUGUGCCCCGGGCUUUGCCGGUCCAGACUGUCGCAUCAAUAUUAAUGAGUGCCAGUCUUCUCCCUGUGCCUUUGGCUCUACUUGCGUGGAUGAGAUCAACCGAUAUCGCUGCUUGUGUCCACCAGACAGGACCGGACUGCAGUGUCAGGACGUUACAAGAAAACCUUGCACUGUUAACGGACACACCACCCCUGAUGGAGUCAAAUGGGACGAAGACUGCAACACAUGUCAAUGUUCCAACGGGAAGGUGGUGUGCACAAAGAUGUGGUGCGGACCUCAGUCCUGCACACUGAGUUCUAAGGGCCAAGGUGGCUGCCCCUCCAGUCAGAGUUGCAUCCCCAUCAGGGAGGGCCACUGCUUUAUCAAGCCCUGCCUGGACUUAGGAGAGUGCUGGCACUCCAACCCUCCCCCGCCUCUCCCUAAAUGCCACCCCAGCUCUGGUUACCAGGACGACAGCUGUGCCAACAUCACCUUCACCUUUAACAAGGAGAUCAUGUCCCCGCAAAUUCAGGGUUUGACUGUGGAGGGAGUGUGUAAGCAGCUGAGGCACUACGUGGUGAAGAAUUUCUCCUUGGAGCAUUCCGUGUCCAUAACUUGUGACCCCUCAUACUCAGCCAGCAACGAGAUCCACGUCUGUAUCUCAACAGGGGACCAUCGCCUGGACCACAGCCCCAUCAAAGAGAUCACAGACAGGAUAAUCGACUUGGUUAGCAAACACAAUGGGAACAACACCAUAAUCUCUGCCAUUGCAGAAGUCCGUAUGCCAAGCCCCAGCAAAACUGACUACCUAGUACCGCUCCUGAGCUCCGUCUUCAUUGUGAUCUGGGUCCUGGUGCUGGUCUCUACACUGCUGUGGUGCAUGCGUCGCCGGCGGAAGCAGGGCGGCCACAACGGGACGUCGGUCGCCGUCUCCGAGGACAACACCACCAACAAUGUGAGGGAACAGCUCAACCAGAUCAAGAAUCCUAUAGAGAAGCACGUGGGCCUCACGGUGGCCAUAAAAGACUACGAAAACAAGAACUCCCUCAUUGCCAAAAUAAGGACAAACAGUCCCGAGGGGGACGAGGAUGACAAGGAGAGGCACUUGCAGAAGAGCCGCUUUGCCAAACAGCCAGCAUACACACUGGUGGAGAGGGACGAGAAGAUGCCCAUCUCCAACUCCACGUCCAAACACCCUAAUUGGACUAAUAAACAGGACAACAGAGACUUGGAGACGGCAAACAGCAUAAACAGAAUGGACUACAUUGUAUAGCAGACAGCUGUGUUGCUGUGCAACCAAGCCUCACGCCUUUGCACCCCGGUGGUGGGUGAAAACAGGGGAGCUUUCCGACAUGUGCGGUUGGUAAAACUCUUCAUGUCAGUUGUGAUCCCACAGUAUUUUUUUUUUCUUUCAGAUAUUCCCCGUGUUAAUUUAAGUUUUGACAAGCUGGCUUACACUGGCAGUGACAGUUGCUUUGGUUGGCUGGAAACACAAGGCACUGGUAAACAUUUCACUGUAGAAAUAGUCGCAAAAAAAAAAACAAAAUCAAAAAAAAAAUCGUGUCUACAUUUCAUUUCCCCUUUUGUUUAUGACUUCAGUGGACACAGAGGGGGGUCUCGGUGUAAUUGUUUAACGAUGACAAAAAAAAA